AUGUUCGCCUCAUCUUGUCCAAACCAUUUCAGGCCCCGCAGCGCAACUACCGCCGCAAACGUCCUCGGCCAUGAACCGGAAGAGGGGGAGGAGGACGCGGGAGCAGCUUCUAAGGAGGUGCUCGCACUGCACCAAAGACCAUCGACAGUGCAACUGGCCUAUGGGUUCACAGUCCUGCGAAAGAUGCAAGAAGUUCGGUGCAAACCUGACGAGAGGCAGUGGCCAGAAAGGUGCAAGUUGUGCAUCGCUCGCGGCUUGCCAUGCUCUCCACCAACCUUGGCGACCGGAAGAUUGAAGGCGGCGACCGGAAAAUCGAACGUGCCAAUCGGGCCGGACCCGAAGAAGGGCAACAACAGUCUUCGCGAAUCACAGAAAUCACUCACGCCUUCAUCCGCCAUCAUUGAGCGUCAUCCCUCCCCUCCCGACGUCCUGAGAUUCUCAUCUGCGUCUAUAAGAGCCGAGAGCCCAUACCGCCCAGACCAAUUCGAUCAUUUGCCUGAUGCGGAAUCUUCGCACGGUGCCAAGGCGAACUCCCCCCCGCAUCCGACUGGUAUCAGCGAAGAGAUAGGGCGGACUACCCUCUACGCCGCAUGUGAGGCAGGUGACAAAUCAAGAGUCGAACAUCUACUGACUGCUGGUUCCAAUGUCAAUUCGUUUCCAGCAAAGUGUGGAGGACGAACCGCCCUCCAGGCCGCAUGCAAGGGAGGUCACAAAUCGAUUGUCGAGCUUCUACUACGGAAUAACGCCGAAGUCAAUGCUCCUCCAGUGGUGCAUGGUGGAAGAACAGCCCUCCAGGUCGCAUGCGAGGAAGGUCACGAAUCGAUUGUCGAGCUUCUUCUGCGGAAUAACGCCGAAGUCAAUGCUCCUCCAGCGGUGCAUGGUGGAAGAACAGCCCUCCAGGCCGCAUGCGAGGAAGGUCACGAAUCGAUUGUCGAGCUUCUGCUGCGGAAUAACGCCGAAGUCAAUGCUCCUCCAGCGGUGCAUGGUGGAAGAACCGCCCUCCAGGUCGCAUGCGGGAGAGGUCGCGAAUCGAUUGUCGAGCUUCUGCUGCGGAAUAACGCCGAAGUCAAUGCUGAUCCAGCGGAGAUUCAUGGAAGAACCGCCCUCCAGGUCGCAUGCGAGGAAGGUCACGAAUCGAUUGUCGAGCUUCUGCUGCGGAAUAACGCCGAAGUCAAUGCUGAUCCAGCGGAGAUUCGUGGAAGAACAGCCCUCCAGGUCGCAUGCGAGGAAGGUCACGAAUCGAUUGUCGAGGUUCGGCUGCGGAAUAACGCCGAAGUCAAUGCUCCUCCAACGGUGCAUGGUGGAAGAACAGCCCUCCAGGCCGCAUGCAAGGGAGGUCACAAAUCGAUUGUCGAGCUUCUACUACGGAAUAACGCUGAAGUCAAUGCUCCAGCAGCGGAGUUUUGUGGAAGAACAGCCCUCCAGGCCACAUGCGAGGGAGGUCACAAAUCGAUUGUCGAGCUUCUACUACGGAAUAACGCCGAAGUCAAUGCUCCUCCAGCGGUGCAUGGUGGAAGAACAGCCCUCCAGGCCGCAUGCAAGGGAGGUCACAAAUCGAUUGUCGAGCUUCUACUACGGAAUAACGCUGAAGUCAAUGCUCCUCCAGCGGAGUUUUGUGGAAGAAUAGCCCUCCAGGCCACAUGCGAGGGAGGUCACAAAUCGAUUGUCGAGCUUCUGCUGCGGAAUAACGCCGAAGUCAAUGCUCUUCCAGCGGUGAAUAAUGGAAGAACAGCCCUCCAGGUCGCAUGCGGGAGAGGCCACGAAUCGAUUGUCGAGCUUCUGCUGCGGAAUAACGCCGAAGUCAAUGCUGAUCCAGCGGAGAUUUGUGGAAGAACCGCCCUCCAGGUCGCAUGCGAGGAAGGUCACGAAUCGAUUGUCGAGCUUCUGCUGCGGAAUAACGCCGAAGUCAAUGCUCCUCCAGCGGUGCAUGGUGGAAGAACCGCCCUCCAGGUCGCAUGCGGGAGAGGUCGCGAAUCGAUUGUCGAGCUUCUGCUGCGGAAUAACGCCGAAGUCAAUGCUGAUCCAGCGGAGAUUCAUGGAAGAACCGCCCUCCAGGCCGCAUGCGAGGGAGGUCACGAAUCGAUUGUCGAGCUUCUACUACGGAAUAACGCCGAAGUCAAUGCUCUUCCAGCGGUGGAUGGUGGAAGAACCGCCCUCCAGGCCGCAUGCAAGGGAGGUCGCGAAUCGAUUGUCGAGCUUCUGCUGCGGAAUAACGCCGAAGUCAAUGCUGAUCCAGCGGAGAUUUGUGGAAGAACCGCCCUCCAGGUCGCAUGCGGGAGAGGUCGCGAAUCGAUUGUCGAGCUUCUGCUGCGGAAUAAUGCCGAAGUCAAUGCUCUUCCAGCGGUGGAUGGUGGAAGAACCGCCCUCCAGGCCGCAUGCGAGGAAGGUCACGAAUCGAUUGUCGAGCUUCUGCUGCGGAAUAACGCCGAAGUCAAUGCUGAUCCAGCGGAGAUUUGUGGAAGAACAGCCCUCCAGGCCGCAUGCAAGGGAGGUCGCGAAUCGAUUGUCGAGCUUCUGCUGCGGAAUAACGCCGAAGUCAAUGCUGAUCCAGCGGAGAUUUGUGGAAGAACCGCCCUCCAGGUCGCAUGCGAGGAAGGUCACGAAUCGAUUGUCGAGCUUCUGCUGCGGAAUAACGCCGAAGUCAAUGCUCUUCCAGCGGUGAAUAAUGGAAGAACAGCCCUCCAGGCCGCAUGCGAGGAAGGUCACGAUUCGAUUGUCGAGCUUCUGCUGCGGAAUAACGCCGAAGUCAAUGCUCUUCCAGCGGUGAAUAAUGGAAGAACCGCCCUCCAGGUCGCAUGCGGGAGAGGCCACGAAUCGAUUGUCGAGCUUCUGCUGCGGAAUAACGCCGAAGUCAAUGCUCCUCCAGCGGUGCAUGGUGGAAGAACCGCCCUCCAGGUCGCAUGCGGGAGAGGUCGCGAAUCGAUUGUCGAGCUUCUACUACGGAAUAACGCUGAAGUCAAUGCUCCUCCAGCGGAGUUUUGUGGAAGAACAGCCCUCCAGGCCGCAUGCAAGGGAGGUCGCGAAUCGAUUGUCGAGCUUCUACUACGGAAUAACGCCGAAGUCAAUGCUCCUCCAGCGGUGCAUGGUGGAAGAACAGCCCUCCAGGUCGCAUGCGAGGAAGGUCACAAAUCGAAUGUCGAGCUUCUGCUGCGGAAUAACGCCGAAGUCAAUGCUCCUCCAGCGGUGCAUGGUGGAAGAACCGCCCUCCAGGUCGCAUGCGGGAGAGGUCGCGAAUCGAUUGUCGAGCUUCUGCUGCGGAAUAAUGCCGAAGUCAAUGCUCUUCCAGCGGUGGAUGGUGGAAGAACCGCCCUCCAGGCCGCAUGCGAGGAAGGUCACGAAUCGAUUGUCGAGCUUCUGCUGCGGAAUAACGCCGAAGUCAAUGCUGAUCCAGCGGAGAUUUGUGGAAGAACAGCCCUCCAGGCCGCAUGCAAGGGAGGUCGCGAAUCGAUUGUCGAGCUUCUACUACGGAAUAACGCCGAAGUCAAUGCUCCUCCAGCGGUGCAUGGUGGAAGAACAGCCCUCCAGGUCGCAUGCGAGGAAGGUCACAAAUCGAUUGUCGAGCUUCUGCUGCGGAAUAACGCCGAAGUCAAUGCUCCUCCAGCGGUGCAUGGUGGAAGAACCGCCCUCCAGGUCGCAUGCGGGAGAGGUCGCGAAUCGAUUGUCGAGCUUCUGCUGCGGAAUAACGCCGAAGUCAAUGCUCUUCCAGCGGUGAAUAAUGGAAGAACAGCCCUCCAGGUCGCAUGCGAGGAAGGUCACGAAUCGAUUGUCGAGCUUCUGCUGCGGAAUAACGCCGAAGUCAAUGCUCUUCCAGCGGUGAAUAAUGGAAGAACAGCCCUCCAGGCCGCAUGCGAGGAAGGUCACGAUUCGAUUGUCGAGCUUCUGCUGCGGAAUAACGCCGAAGUCAAUGCUCUUCCAGCGGUGAAUAAUGGAAGAACCGCCCUCCAGGUCGCAUGCGGGAGAGGCCACGAAUCGAUUGUCGAGCUUCUGCUGCGGAAUAACGCCGAAGUCAAUGCUGAUCCAGCGGAGAUUUGUGGAAGAACAGCCCUCCAGGCCGCAUGCAAGGGAGGUCGCGAAUCGAUUGUCGAGCUUCUGCUGCGGAAUAACGCCGAAGUCAAUGCUGAUCCAGCGGAGAUUUGUGGAAGAACCGCCCUCCAGGUCGCAUGCGGGAGAGGUCGCGAAUCGAUUGUCGAGCUUCUGCUGCGGAAUAAUGCCGAAGUCAAUGCUCUUCCAGCGGUGGAUGGUGGAAGAACCGCCCUCCAGGCCGCAUGCGAGGAAGGUCACGAAUCGAUUGUCGAGCUUCUGCUGCGGAAUAACGCCGAAGUCAAUGCUGAUCCAGCGGAGAUUUGUGGAAGAACAGCCCUCCAGGCCGCAUGCAAGGGAGGUCGCGAAUCGAUUGUCGAGCUUCUGCUGCGGAAUAACGCCGAAGUCAAUGCUGAUCCAGCGGAGAUUUGUGGAAGAACCGCCCUCCAGGUCGCAUGCGAGGGAGGUCACGAAUCGAUUGUCGAGCUUCUGCUGCGGAAUAACGCCGAAGUCAAUGCUCCUCCAGCGGUGCAUGGUGGAAGAACCGCCCUCCAGGUCGCAUGCGGGAGAGGUCGCGAAUCGAUUGUCGAGCUUCUGCUGCGGAAUAACGCCGAAGUCAAUGCUCUUCCAGCGGUGAAUAAUGGAAGAACAGCCCUCCAGGUCGCAUGCGGGAGAGGCCACGAAUCGAUUGUCGAGCUUCUGCUGCGGAAUAACGCCGAAGUCAAUGCUCUUCCAGCGGUGAAUAAUGGAAGAACAGCCCUCCAGGUCGCAUGCGGGAGAGGCCACGAAUCGAUUGUCGAGCUUCUGCUGCGGAAUAAUGCCGAAGUCAAUGCUCUUCCAGCGGUGGAUGGUGGAAGAACCGCCCUCCAGGCCGCAUGCGAGGAAGGUCACGAAUCGAUUGUCGAGCUUCUGCUGCGGAAUAACGCCGAAGUCAAUGCUCCUCCAGCGGUGCAUGGUGGAAGAACCGCCCUCCAGGUCGCAUGCGGGAGAGGUCGCGAAUCGAUUGUCGAGCUUCUGCUGCGGAAUAACGCCGAAGUCAAUGCACCCCCAACGAAGUAGGGAGGUGUAACAGCGCUGACUGCAGCGUUACGUGGCGAGUAUACGGGAUCAUGGAGGUUUUAAGAGA